ACGCCCUGCCCGCUGGUUGGGUGGGGGGGGUCAGGCUGGGGGCCCGGAGCCGGACGGUUGCUUCCGCGUCACCUUCUGCCCGCGGCUCGCUGCCUGGGUUCCCUUGAGCUGUGGAUCUGAGUCUCGUUUCGUGUUUCUCCUGAGGCGGCGGCUCCUAGCGAGCUUGAGUCUGGUUUCCGUCAAUAACCUUCCAACCCACAGGCUCUGCUGCCAUGAAGGUGAAGAUUAAAUGCUGGAAUGGUGUGGCCACUUGGCUCUGGGUGGCCAAUGAUGAAAACUGCGGCAUCUGCAGGAUGGCGUUCAACGGCUGCUGUCCUGACUGUAAGGUGCCUGGUGAUGACUGCCCCCUGGUGUGGGGCCAGUGCUCACACUGCUUCCACAUGCACUGCAUCCUCAAGUGGCUCAAUGCGCAGCAGGUGCAGCAGCACUGCCCAAUGUGCCGCCAGGAGUGGAAGUUCAAGGAGUGAAAUCCAUCCCCUCCUCCAGAUGGCCUCCUCAGAGCUCUUCCUUACCCUGGGACAUGAUGGCUGCGGCCUCUACCAGCGACAGUCCCCCUUGGGCUGUGACAGAGUUGAAACGAGGACUGGAGCCUCCUUUGUUUUUUUCCAUCACAAUGCUGACACUUUUAUCCAAUAAGUAAGGCUCAUUAAAGCACCCAAACCUUG